AUCCUUCUCCCACUCAGGACUAUCCCUCUACUCAACAUUCCUGGGCUCAUCUUCUAGUUUCGUGAGAUCCAAGUAUGGGAUUGGUGAGGUUCCAGAAGAGAAGGAUUGGCGAAGCCCUUCUGCCGAAAGAGUCGCCAGCCUCGGCCAACUGCCCGAGGCACGUGGUCAUAGUCAUGGACGGCAUGAAGAGCUUCACGACGGCUCCGCUGGAGUGGGCGCUUGAGAAUCUGAUCAGCACCGGCUGUACUGUCACCCUUAUAGGCGUGAUGCCAUGGCUGAACAUUCCUCUUUCUGGCAAGAUCUGGUCUGAUGUUUGGCCGGUGGAAUGGGAGGCCUUGGCGAAUCUACAAGAGAGUGAGUGGAGAAGUGAUGUGAAAUAUCUAAAGUUGCAGGCAGUGAUUGAUCUCUGCAAGAAAUAUGGGGUGGUGCCACAGAAGGAUUUGGUGAUGGGAUAUCCUCCAAAGCUUCUGGUUGUGGAGAAAAUUACAAGCCUCCAUGCCACAUGGGUUGUCUUUGAUAGGCAUCAGAGAAAGAACAGGCAGUUCUAUGCUGAGAGAAUCCCGUGCAACAUGGUGAUGAUGAAUCAGAACGGAGAGGGAGACAUGUUCAGAGGCAGAAGCUGCAUGAGCGACUGCGAAGGCAGCACUCCGGGGGAGUCUCCUGCGUCCUUUGUGCCCACUCCGGAGGUUUUGAUCUCUGAAGAACUCAGGAAAAUCCUCAGGCAGAAACCAUGAGCCCGAACCGUAUUUCGCGUUCCAUGUUACUAGCUGGUUGGAUUUAAUCCGCAAUCACUAAAUGAAAAUUUUUGCGGAUAGACAGCUUGUAAUAGCAUCUAAUCGACCACGGCCACACUCUAAAAUUGAUUGUGCUGUCUGAUUCUUUCUUGUACUGCCUCGGUCCUGUUUCUGACCAUUUGCGCUUGAUGCUUUUUUAAGCAAAGUUGCAACCUUUUCUUUUUAUCUUCUUCUGUUGCGGAUAUAUGAAUAAGAGAAGUCAAAAUUGGAUUCUAAGUUUA